AUGGGCGAAUCUAAACAAUUAUGCACAGUUCGUAGUCGGGACAAAUUUAGAAAAAUAUCCAAAUUUGAGAUGUAUACUACUUGGUACGAGCAUUACCAAGCUGUGGGUUGUAUCAAUGGGAUGCUGUGCAUGAAAAGAUACAUAUCAGAAACUCAAGUUAUACAGAUUUUUCUAUGGAACCCUUCAAUUAGGAAAGCUUUAGAGCUUCCUUCUCCUGAAAUGUUAACUGCAGAAGUAAGAUUUGAUAUUGAUUGUGCUUUUGGUUUUGACCAUGUUAGAAAUGACUACAAGGUGGUAGCAAGUGUUUACAUAGGAGGUGGCCUUCACAUUCCUAGAUUUGUUGAGAUCUUUACUCUUAGUACUUGCUCUUGGAAGACCGUGAAUAUCGAUAGAGGCCCGUGUUUAUGGAUCCAUGGAAGUCCGAAGGUUUUUCUUAAUGGGAUCAUAUAUUGGUCUGGAAUUGACAUUCUAAAAUCUACUGUAAAAGGAAGGUUUUCUCAUUUUGUGUCAUUUGAUGUGGUUAGUGAAGUGUUUAAGUACAUUGAUUUGCCUGAUUUAGAGCAUCCUAAUGUAUGGGAGCAUGAAAGGUUUCCCAUCAAUUUCGAACAAUCGAUUGGUCUUAUGGAAAUCUUUGAAACUUAUACACAAAUAUGGGUCUUGGAAGAUGUUGAAGGAGAAAAAGGAGGGGUGAGUUCUUAUAAUAUAAAGAACCAAGAGAUGAAAGUUCUUGCAAAGAGUUACAAACAUUCUCCAGUUUUUACUACUAAUUACAUGGAGAGUUUGGCCUUAUUGAAAGGAGUACCCGACAGAAACUCAUACAUAUUCCCUCCAUUUGAGGUGAUUUUAUUUGAGGAUGUUGAUGAUGUUUAG